AUGCCGACUACUACAUGGGUUAUCUUUUAUGGACUGAUGGGUCUGACGACGAGCUCCCUAAAUUGCCCCACUGAAAAAUCGCAUCCCGUGCAGUUCCACCUAGUUCGUCAGUGUCAACGAGCCUUGUCCGAGGAUGCACUAGCUCUGGAAAACACCUCCUCCCUGGAAGAGUGCGCUAAUCUGGCUCACGAAAUGCGAGGUCUGGCCUUGAACUACGCUCCUGGAGGACCCAAAAGAAGAAAAAACUUAUACGAUCAGAGACCCUUUGGCAAGGAGAGUCGAAAGCAGCAGCACAUACGAAGUCGUUUAAAUGUUUUUGAACAGCCUGGAGAGUUUUUCAACUGCCAUGUUCUGCAAUGUCCACAAAACCACACAUUUUCCGGCAUGGUCAACGAUAGUCGUUUUGAUUAUUACAGUUUAUAUGGCAGGCCAUCUGGUUGGUACACAAAAGUAUCCUGCAUUCCGGAAGUUGGCCUAUUUGUGGUCUAUACGCAGCCCAGUAUCUACUUGAAUGCCUCCUUGACCUGCACUAAUUCCUCGGAGUUCACUGGUAGUCUGGCCCACGUAGCUUCUGAGGCCAGAACGAACUCCUUGGCUCAGUGGUUACAGGUGUUCAACAGGAGACCACAAAUGGAGACAAAUAUCUUCCUAGCCUAUGUGGGCUUGGUGUACAAUAGCUCUACUUCCCUAAGCCCUCUGGAUUUUCGGAAUUCUCAGCAGGAGAGCCUGCAAUACAUAUUGAAUAAAUCUAUCCAAAUUACCAGCCAGGAGCUGAGCAAUGCCAGCUGCGUGGCGCUGACACCGCAAGGAACUUGGCAAACCCUCAACUGCGACCGGGAACUGCCAUUCAUCUGCGAAAUCCACACGGCCCGGCCAGUUUCCACCUGGGAGCACUCCCAUUCCGAGCUGGACAUUGGCCCAAAUGCGGUCUUCGAGUGUAGAAACGAUUGAGUCCUAUGGCAGCAUAGAUAUUCGCAGCCGUUUUAUUCACUUAAGCAGUUUUCAAAACACAAAAGCCAAAUAUAGUUAUUAUAUGGUGUUUGCCCGCCUCUCGCACGCCG